AGGAUUUCAGCCAUUCAGGAGGGCCACCGUACGCAGCGAGACCAGCCAGCAGGCGGCGAUGUUCGCGACGGCGGUGCGGUGGGCGGCGAAGAAGGGGAAGCCCAAGAUGGCGCCGAUCGAGCUGACGGCGCCGCCGGAGCAGGCGCAGUCCAUCACGCGCGCCAUCUUCGACGCCGUCCGGGAGCACGGCCCGCUCACCGUCUCCGACGUCUGGGACCACGUCAAGGAUGUCGGGCUUCGAGGUCUGGCAAGCAAGAGGCAGAUGAAGAUCAUGCUGCGGUGGAUGAGGGAGCGCCAGAAGCUAAAGCUCAUCUGCGACCACGACGGCCCGCACAAGCAGUUCCUCUACACCACCUGGUUUACCAACCCCAGGAACGCGCCGCAGAGGCCCAAUCCGAAGCCCAAUGUCAAAGCGGAUAAGCUCCCCACCUUCCCUUCCCCUUCGAAGCAACUGUGACGAGGACUUGUUUCUGUGCUCUCUGCACUUGUUUCUGCUGCCCCCGACAUAAUGUUCAGCAUGGAAACAAAUGCUAGAUUUGUUCAGGCGAAUUUAGGCUUGUUAUGGCUAUAUUGUUCUAUGCAAACACCUAAUUGUUGUCUAUGCAUAUAUAAACCAUAUUAUUUGAGAUGUAUAACCUAAGGUUGUUCCCUGAGGAUUAAAGCCAGCUGUUUGGACGGCUACAGCUGCAAUUCAUAGAAACAAAAAUAUUGUAGAAACAUUAUAAACCUGUACGGAUUAAAGUCAAGCGAAUAAC